AUGGCGAGCAACUCAUACCAGGCGCUUCGAUCACAAUACCAAGCCGCGUUGAAGCGUUUCAUCGCUUCUCCCAGGAACCUCGAGAUACUCAACUCCGUCCGGUCGAACCAAUUACAGGAGCAAAAACAGCCUUCGCAGGCCCUAGAUGUACUCUAUGUCCUGGACUCCUCAAUUGCAAGCUCAGCUCUUCUCGAAAAACCCAGUGUCCCGUCGCGACUGCUGCUACUCCUCGCUACCCAGAAUGCCGAUAAGCCAUCCAAGCCCGCCGACUUCGAAGACCGUCUGGCUAUGAUGGAGUUGUUUGCGCAGGACCUGUUAUCUCACCUGGGAACAAACUCGCCCUCUCCGGCAAAUGCGGGCCUCCAACAGAUCGACAUUGGAGUGACAAAGAAACCAUACUUCGUGGAUAAAGCGGCGGAGAUCGAGCAGUCGGGCAUAUACUCGAACCCCCUGGAGCAGGUCCAUCUCACGGGCUACGACACUCUGAUCCGGAUCUUCAACCCCAAGUACUAUCCCCCGGAACAUACCCUCCAACCGCUUGGGCCGUUCCUCUCCCAACAUAGACUACGGGUCACCAUGCGUCCCGAUGAUGAAUGGGGUAGCAAGGAAGAGCAAAAGGCUUUUCUGCUCCACUUGGCUCAGGGCGGCCGGGAGAAUGAAGGCGGCAAGCGUGAGUGGGCGCAGCGCAUACAGCUUGUAGAAGGGAAGAAGCCGGGAGAGAGGCCCGUGAGCUCAACAAAAGCACGCGAGGCCAUUCAGACGAAUUCGCAGGAUCUCGACUGGUUGAUCCCUCGCAACGUCCGGGAAUACAUCCUGUCCCAGCGGCCGUACGCCGAGUAG